AUGGCCAACGUUCACCGUGCGGUAAGGAUCUGGAAGCAAACUAUGUACGGAGAAAGUCGACGGCAAGGCCUCGAUCGAGAUGAUUUCGUAAAAGCAAAGGAGACACUUUGGCGCCAGGCUCAAGCGCAGGCGUAUUCGGAGGAGGUUCACGAGCUAACAAAUGGUCACAGCGUUGGAAAACGAAGUUCACUGCACUCGCUGGUUCCAUUUUUGGAUGAAAACGGGGUCGUUCGGGUAGGAGGUCGAAUCGGAUGCGCACCGCACAUUCCAUACGCGGCGAAACAUCCCGUUGUGCUGCCAAGAGAUCAUCGUAUCACUUUCCUUUUGGUGGAUUCCUUUCACCAACGGUUCCUGCACGCCAACGGAGAAACAGUCUGUAAUGAACUACGGCAGGAGUUCUACAUACCCAACCUUCGGGUGCUGGUACGAAAAGUUAGCCGAAGUUGUCAGCACUGCAAGGUCAAGAAAGCAGUUCCUGUGCCACCACUGAUGGGGCCACUGCCGAGGGUACGCCUAACACCAUUUAUUCGGCCGUUCACGUACGUCGGCGUGGAUUACAUGGGGCCUUUCGAAGUCAAAGUGGGUCGCAGCGUGGUGAAAAGGUGGAUCUGUCUAUUCACCUGUCUCACUAUACGGGCUGUCCACCUAGAGCUGGUCCACAGUCUUUUAUCGAUCGCCUGCGUUAUGGCGUUCAGGAGAUUUGUAGCCAGACGGGGAGCACCGUUGGAGGUAUUUUCGGACAAUGGCACAAACUUUGUUGGUGCCAAUCGCCAGUUAUCAGAGGAGAAACAGAGGAUCCAGAACAUCAUCGAGGACUGCGCCGCCACAUUCACCAAUGCAAAUACCAAGUGGCAUUUCAACGUUCCGGCAGCUCCGCACAUGGGAGGACCAUGGGAGCGUAUGGUCAAGUCCGUGAAGGUGGCGAUGAAGGCUAUUCUGGAUAGUCCACGACAUCCGAGCGACGAGGUGUUGGAGACGAUUAUGUUGGAUGCGGAAGCUAUUGUCAACUCCCGUCCACUGACCUACGUUCCCUUGGAAGCACCAGACGAAGAGGCACUCACGCCAAACCACUUUCUGCUGUACGGAUCAACCGGCAUCAAGCAACCAGCAACCGAUCCUGUAAACGGAAACAUCCUGCGAGACAGCUGGAAGCUUGCGCAGCACAUCGUGGAUGAAUUCUGGCGCAGAUGGGUGCGGGAAUAUCUCCCGAUGCUAACGAGGCGAACGAAAUGGUUCGAGGCGGUAAAGCCGCUGGAACCUGGCGAUCUAGUCGUGAUAGUCGACGAGCAUUCGAGGAAUCGAUGGGAGCGUGGACGUAUUUUGGAGACCUUUCCGGACAAAUCCGGGCAGGUGAGGCGUGCUACGGUGCAGACAGCUAGGGGAGUGUUCGCUAGACCUGCGGUGAAGCUAGCAGUUCUGGACGUUAAGUGCAACGACAAGAGGACAGAAAAAGUCGCUGCGGAUACGGAAGUGGUUCACGGGUCGGGGAAUGUCGCCGAUACCCCUCGUUGCGGCGAGUUGUUGGUGAACCAACUGACCGAACCCUCGCGAGCGAAACGCCAAUGCCGGAUAAAGUGA